AUGUUUUUAACAUUUUCUGACUUAUUAGCCCCAUUUAAAGUUAUACAAAGCAAAAACAAAUUAUCUGCUUAAGAAUAAGAAUAAUUAGAAAAAUAAAAAUCAAUUACCGAAGGUGAAAAAUAAGUUAAAAAAUUAGCAAACAUCGAGCGUGGAGUAAUUCUCGGAGAAUACGGCAACUAAUGGACAAAACUUCAUUGGGACAUGAAUAUUGAUAGAAGAGGAUUAGGCCGUAAUAUUUCCCAUUCAAAUCACAUUGCUUUAGUUGUUAGUGACAUUGGAGCUUCCACUUAUUUCUAUUCCGAUAUAUUAGGUUUGUAAUAAAUUGAAAGACCUAACUUUGAUAGACACGGAGCUUGGUUUACAAUGGGAAAUAUUGAAUUACAUUUAAUAAAAGGUAUGCCAUGUGUACCUUUUGGAGAUGAUUUAUUAGUAGGACAUAUCGCAUUGGAAGUAUAUGAUGCAGAUGUUGUUUUAGAAAGACUUAAAAAAUUCUAACCUAUGAUAGAUUUCCAAAUGAAUGUUUCUGUACCGACUGCUCAUGAAAAAAGUGUUGUUAAAUAAUUCUUUUUAAGAGAUCCUGAUGGUUAUUAUGUUGAAAUUUCUAAUACUUAAGUUUUGACCGAAUUUUGUUUCGGAUCUUGUUUGAAUAAAAAUAGAAUAAAAAAAGGAUACGAAGAAGCAGUGAUGAAAAACUAAAAUUUCCGGAGAUGUAAUUUAGUCCGAAAAUGA